ACUGUUAGCAGAGAAUGGUGACUCGCUUCCUUCCGGUCCGCUAAGCGGAGGCCGGAAGUGUUGUUUGCAGCGUCUCUGGGAGUGGAAAGGAGUCGGUAGCGGCAGUCAGGGCAGCGAGGGGUUCCCUGAAGCGCUCGGGUUCUCGCGACUGAGUAGGGAUUUAACCGCCACCAUGUCGAGCAAAAGAGCAAAGACCAAGACCACCAAGAAGCGCCCCCAACGCGCAACCUCCAAUGUGUUUGCCAUGUUUGACCAGUCACAGAUUCAGGAGUUCAAGGAGGCCUUCAACAUGAUCGAUCAGAACAGAGAUGGUUUCAUCGACAAGGAAGACUUGCAUGAUAUGCUUGCCUCCCUGGGGAAAAAUCCAACUGAUGAGUAUCUGGACGCCAUGAUGAAUGAGGCUCCAGGUCCCAUAAAUUUUACCAUGUUUCUCACGAUGUUUGGUGAAAAGUUAAAUGGCACCGAUCCAGAAGAUGUCAUCAGAAACGCUUUUGCUUGCUUUGAUGAAGAAGCAACUGGCACCAUUCAGGAGGAUUACCUGAGAGAGCUGCUGACCACAAUGGGAGAUCGGUUUACAGAUGAGGAAGUGGACGAGCUGUACAGAGAAGCACCUAUUGACAAAAAGGGGAAUUUCAAUUACAUUGAGUUCACGCGCAUCCUUAAACAUGGAGCGAAAGACAAAGAUGACUGAAAAGAACUUCAAAUUCCAGCCAAACUUUCCUUGUUGCUACUUUGGGUAUUUCUGAGACUUUCUCUUAGAGCCUAUUGCAUGCCCUUAGCUUUACAGCUUUUGCCUUUCUUGUUGUAUUUAUUCUCAACCAUUUGGGGCACAUGCAUCUCUAUAAUUCAGACUGGAAAUGGGACUUUUUGUCAUUUUCAGAAUAGAAAAUAGGGUAGUUUAACUUACCCCUACCUUCCCCUCCCCCAAUAACUGCAGUCUACAAAGAGUCGAUAUAUUUUUUCAGAGAAAGUUAUUCACUCAAUUUUUUCUGAACCAUAAUUAAACUUUAUGAUAGAAACUUACUUGUUUAAAACUUCUUUAUUUACCAAAAUUGGCUUUUGUUGGUCUUGGUUGCAAAUUUUUUUUUAAAUUAAUUAUUUAUUUUUGGCUGCGUUGGGUCUUCGUUGCUGUACGCGGGCUUCUCAUUGAAGUGGCUUCUCUUGUUGCAGAGCAUGGGCUCUAGGCAUGUGGGCUUCAGUAGCUGUGGCUCAAAGGCUCUAGAGCACAGGCUCAGUAGUUGUGGCGCACGGGCUUCGUUGCCCCGCAGCAUGUGGGAUCUUCCCCGACCAGGGCUUGAACCCGUGUCUCCUGCAUUGGCAGGCGGAUUCUUAACCACUGUGUCACCAAGGAAGCCCUUGGUUGCAACUUCUAAAGAAAGGUAGUGGGAAUUCCCUGGCGGUCCAGUAGUUAGGACUCCACUUGCACUUUCAUUGCCAAGGGCCCGGGUUCAAUCCCUGGUGAGGGAACUAAGAUCCCACAAGAUGCGCGGCGCGGCCAAAAAUAAAGAAAGAAUGGUAGUGAGGCAAAUCCUAGAAAAUAAUACGGUUGUUAGACCUCCCCUUUACUCCUGCCAGUUUUCCUAACAAUCCUACUCCUCUACUAUUCAUUCUUCUCCCUUUUUAAAGAAAUCCAAUUUUAACUGCCUUUAUUGAGUUUCCUGCACUUUGCCUUCCAAUUUUAAAAAUAAUUUCCUGUAAAAUUUACAUGUAUAUGAUAGCUUUGGUAGCUUUAAAUCCUAAAGUAUAACAUACCUGCCAACAUCACCCCAUGUCUGUUCUAAUCUUUUGUACAUAACUUCAUGUCAUUUAAAAUUAGACCAGGCCACUGAGUGUAAUUUUAAUUUGUCCUAAUUUUUAAAACUAUUUUAGCCCCAAAGGUUCUAUGGAAUGCUUCUACCAAAAAGGCGGAUUUUUUGUAUUGUAUUUCAAAGUGUUGGAAACACAAUAUGGUUGUUGGUUUGUUUU